AUGGAUAUCUCGCAUGCUAUGUCACGUAAGUGCUUUUUGCUCCUUCGGUAAAUAUGUAAUAUCAUGCAUACUGAUAACAGUUUUGCUUUAGAGCCCCCUCCCCCAGGGGCUAGUCGUGGUCGUGGCAAAUCGCAUUUCUCUAUUGACAAUGUUUUCUCUUUCCGAUCGGAAGGUUGGCUGAGAAAUGAGAGGGCAAUUAAAAAGAAAUGGAGUGGAAGAAGAAGUGAGAAAAUGAACAUCAAUAGUCGGCCGCCGUGGGAGAGAUAGAAAGGAUAAAUGGGUCUAUAUCAGGGAGUGGUAGACAAUCCCUCUAAAAAUAGCAACAGAUCCGACCGGAAGCGGGUACAUUUUAUUUAUUAGCUUAUCGGCUGACAAUCUUGUCCUCAUUCAUUUGAUAGUUCGAUAAGAUAAGGAAAAGGAUUCCCCUCGAAUUAAGAUCAAACAUUGCCCGUUAUUUGGAUUGAUUUCAAUCGGAUUUGAACCAAAUCGGAUUCAUUCUUCUAUAAGUGAAACCAAUUAGAAGAGAAGAGUUUGGAAAUUAGUGGUUGUGUUGAUACCAGUAAUUCGAAGAAAAUUCCCCAUUAUAACAUUAGUAUCAGGAUCAGAAAGUUCAUUAGAUACGAUUUCCACGAGAGCAUGACUUUUCCCUUGGUAUUGUGAAAUGAGAUCAGAUUUUCCAUUUAGGAAAGGCCUACAAACCAGAAAAGUAGAAAUACGAGUUCCAGCCCCUCUCAAAUGGUGAAAUGUAUUUCAACGUGACGUUUAACUUCGACAAGCCAAUAAAGUUAUUUCCUUAUUAGAACAGUCAACUAGUGUACUGAUACAUACUUUAUGUGACUAUGUACUGUAACCAUAAUGAUAAAUGAUUACGGUAUUUUACUGUUUAUGACUUUGUAGGUACCGUAGAUGCCAGUCCACAAAGAUGUUCACUUCCCGGUACAAGAGGGACAGUUUUAAGGGUCAAAGAACAAAAGACUGUCUCCUUCACUUCCACGGCGCUUAGAAAUUUAGGAAAAAAAGAACAAAGAGGUUUUUCCCAAAACCUCUUAAAAUUAGAGAAUCAUCGUGUGAUCCGCCGCAACUUUUUGAUACCAACUAAUCUCAAUGUCUCCACUCCUUCUAGACACUUCCAACAAACAGUACAGCGUGUUCCCUUGCUUUGCGAAGAGGGAAACCCCUUUGUGCUCCAGUCGCUUCACGUCACAUCUGAAAAGCGGCUUACCGGUCAUAAUAACGGGAGAUCAGACUGCUCUCCAACUGAUAACGGAUCGUUUUUAUGUUAUUCCACGUUACUGUAGCCGAGAAGUCAAUUAGCGAUCAAAGUUCCCCAGGAAUCGUCAAUUGAGUUGUUUUUAGGUGGAAUUAGGUGCAACCACAUGGUUCUUCCUAAAACAAUAUUAUCAUAUGAUUGCCAAACGACGGAACUAGUUUCAGUUGGCAGUCCACACACCGAGAAUGCAAAUAAAUACAUAGGCGUCGGGCGGCGAUUGUUCAUUUUUGAUACUCUGGCGGGAACUGUCUAGUUUUUCAGUAGUUUCCGUGGUAUUCAGAAUCAGUUCUUCCCACCUGGUCCUUGAUGUUGCUGGUACCGCGGUUCGCUUGACAUUCCGACCAAUAAAAAGGACUACCAUUCCAGACCAUUCUGUCAUGGGGUAUUAUUCCCUUCUCGUCUCCUUUUACGGGCAUGAGUCAGCCGCUCCUCUUUAUUCUGCUGCAGUACUCCGCCCACAAAUUAGUGUUCACAUUUUCUUUCGAAACACCGAAAGACGUUUAUUUUGCGGGGCGGGCUGGGCUACAAAUGUAACUCUUCUUCUAGAAAAUUCCUUAUUCACAUGUGAAGUUGCAAACGAACCGGAGAUAGAGCCCUGUUUGACUUUUAUUUUCGCUUAUCAUUAAUCAGUUUUGAUAAUUUUAGUGGUCAUAACUUUUUUUUGUUUCCCUCCGAAAAUCUUUAUUGCCUCUGCACGACUUUAAUCUCUAUUCGACUCCGUAUUUGCCAUGCUAUCAGCUGCCCGGUUGAUUCUAUAAAAAUCAGGGCAAAAACGAAGAAACUAAACUGGUUAUCAGUUAUCAGACAUUUCGAUUCACUCUGUUCUGCAAAACGCAUUACUUCAUCUGUUUUUGUGCUUGUUGCAAUAUGGUAUCAUUUCAGAACCAAUGGCUCUUUUCUCGCCCGUCAUCCGUCCGGAAUUCAAUCUUUACGAAAGAAAGCGUCCUCAACCAAGACCACGGACCAGGUCUUCAGCUGUGCAGUUGGCUCCAAAGGUGGCUCCAGGUAUGUGGGGGAAAGGAGUCAAAACUCAGCUGAUUUAUGGUGCUAUCAAACAAGUCAUAACUCUAAUGGGAUCAUAGGGGUCAUUUUAGGUACCCUGUAAUGAGGUACGGUGAAGAACAUGACUAACUUGCCCUACACUUACAUAUAGACUUGAAACAGUAUUGUAUAGUACCCUUCCCGAGCACUAUUUCAACAUCAAUGACAUUCCAGGCAAGGAAGGAACUUCGCUCGAUUCUCUUCUGGACAAACACCAAAGAAUGUUGAUGUUGCGUAAUCGCAGACAAGAAUCAAGGUAAGGAUCUACUCAUUCUGUGUGACAGGUCUCCCAAUUUCUUCUCUCACAUGUGAAUCGUCCAUGUACGUGUGUGUACGUGCCUUACCAGAGCGGUUUAGGGUUCUGUGAGCGAUGAUCUCCAGAUUAAAGUCGUUUGUUCCGAUUUUGCAGCGUCCUGGAACAUGCCACGAGUUGUUUCGCACUCUUUUCCCUCAUUUUUUCGGCUGCUCCCUCAAGUCAACAUAUUUCAGAUGCAAACGCCGCAGUUACACGUAUCUUGCGUCGCGAUGCCCGGCCAUCACGGAAACCGACGAGGAAGAGGAGAAUGAAGAGGACACUGACGCCGCUGCCAUUCCGAAAGAAUGUUUAGUUACUUAUCAGCCGUUUUGUCCCCGUAUGACCCCGGUGAGUACACACAUGUGACCGACUAAUUUGAUUGAAAGCUCAAUGCGAUUAGUUUUAUCAUAUCAUCAUUCAUUGGCGUUAUUUAUAGCUCAUCCAUGAAAACUUCGAGGAAGAGCGCCCGACCCAUGCCCCUACUGUUGUCGUCUCGGAUGCCACCUUGUCGUCGACCAGUUCUAAGAAGAAGAAGAGCGUUCUGAGACUUAUCAACGAAUGGGUUCGCAGCCGUUCUCUGAGAAAGCACAAGAAUGCUUCCGAGCAGAAGACUGGCAAAAUCUAA